AACAAAAUAGAACAAGGACUAAAAAGUAACAAGUGGUGGCGAAACAGGCGGAGAUGGGAGCAGGGAAAAGCGGUUUCGACACCACGUCGAAGCAGGCGUUGCUGCUGCAGGAUUCCCACUCACUAUAGGGUUUGAAUCUUUUUCUUUUCCACAUUGCCUUCAGAGUAGCCGCCUCCCUCCCUCCUUCUCGUCGCCUCGCGCCAUCAUUCAUCUCCUAACCUCUUGCUGCAACUCAAAGAAGAAAGGUUAGCGUAACAGCAAACUAUCAUUCAUUCAAUAUUCUUCUCCCCCAUCGUCGAUCAAUCUCUGUUUUUUUAUUCGACGACAGUCUUCUUCUCGUUACCUGCAUUGCCGCUCCCACGCUCGCACCGCUUUGAUUACUCAAAGUUUGUUCCUUUGAUUGCAGCAGCACCGGAGCAGAAGCUGUUCUAUUUUGCUGGAGUACCAUGGCGCCGGAACCGCCCAAGAAGCUCAAGUUUGCGCCAAAAGCCCCUCCUCGGCGGGCACCGAAGCCUGAAGUUAAGGCAGAAAAGGUCGAGGAGACUGACGCGGAACGGGCUAUGAAACUCAUGCAACAGUUUGAAGAAAGGUCACUCAGGGGAAGGAAUAAGAUCGAAAAGAAAGUGCAAGCAUCGCAUGUUGCAUUUGGAUUUGGUGGGAGCUCUACCUUAAAAUCAUAUGGCAUGCCCAAACUUAAGAGCAUGGGUAACAGAGAUCAGAGUUCGUCUUUUGGUGGUACUGCUACACCUGGGCUGGCUCAGAAAGAGUAUGAAGAACCAUGGGAUUAUUACAGUUAUUAUCCCGUUACACUUCCCUUGAGGAGACCAUAUUCAGGAAAUCCAGCAACUCUUGACGAGCAGGAAUUUGGGGGAUCUGGAGAACAACCAACUUAUGAUGAAAACAUACCAAGCCCCGCAGAGGAUCUUGAUUUAUUGGAGGAAAAUGUUGAACCCAGCAUGUUCUUUAUUCAGCUACCCACUAUGUUGCCUGUGACCAAAAGAUCGUCUACCACAGAAGGGAAAGAGGUAAAGGAAAAGUCUGCACCAUCUGGAGGUGCAGGAUGCAGGUUAGAAGAGUUACCUCCUGGGUUCAUGGGUAAAAUGCUAGUGUAUAAAAGUGGUGCGGUUAAGCUUAAGCUUGGUGAUACCAUCUACAAUGUUUCUGUCGGUAUGGAGGGUACAUUUGCUCAGGACAUUGUUGCAAUUAACACAGCGGAGAAGCAGUGCUGCGCUGUUGCAGAGAUUGACAAGCGUGCUAUUUUGAUCCCCGAUGUUGAAGGCAUCACAAACGCCAUGGCUGAUUUAUGAUGAUAUACACCCAAAUCACAAUAGAGUGAAGCCUAUAAAUUCAUUAAAUUCUUUCAAGAGAAAGCAAUACAGGUUACACAUCCAAAUUUUGCCUCGUGAUGUAUUACUGAUACCAACUAGUGUUUGAAGUAGAGAAAUAUGAAGGAAAGAAAUGAAGUUUCGGUUACGUUUUGUUUCCAGUCCUGGAUCAUUAUGAGCUGUUGCAAAGAGAUUGUCUUGUUAAGAAGUCCUCCUAGUUUAAGUUAUUUGAGUGAUGCGGCUGUUCUUAAUCUUGUUUAGCUUCUGUUGAUGUUAUUGGAACAGAUGAAACCAGAGAAGGAACUUGGUUGUGAUCUUGUUCAGAUGCAUGUUCUCGAGCGCACAGUAAACUGCACAAUUGAGC